AUGCCAGACAACAUCGCUCUCCUGACGAACAGCACAGAAUUGGGGCACCUCGGUCGCGCGUUGGGUUCCACCACGCAUCCCGCUUGGGUGAUAGCGGUGCUGGCCAGCGUGCUGAUCUUCACCACAGUGGUGGAUGUUUUGGGUAACCUGUUAGUCAUAAUUUCGGUGUUCAGGAAUCGGAAACUGAGAAAUGCUGGCAAUGUGUUUGUGGUCAGUCUGGCUUUCGCUGACCUGGUGGUGGCUUUCUAUCCCUACCCCAUGGCUUUGUAUGCAAUCUUCCAUGAUGGCUGGUCUCUAGGAGAAACCCAGUGCAAGUUCAGUGGCUUCCUAAUGGGCCUGAGCGUAAUUGGCUCUGUUUUCAACAUUACGGGCAUCGCCAUCAACCGCUACUGCUAUAUCUGUCACAGUUUUGCCUACGGACGUAUCUACAGCUUCCGUAACACGCUACUACUAGUGGCCCUCAUCUGGGCCCUGACUGUUCUGGCCAUUCUCCCCAACUUCUUUGUGGGUUCAUUGAGUUAUGAACCAAGGGUUUACUCCUGUACCUUCACUCAGACUGCCAGCAGCUCCUACACUGUCGUGGUGGUUGUGGUCCACUUCCUGGUGCCCAUCGCUGUGGUGACCUUCUGUUACCUGAGGAUUUGGGUGCUAGUGAUACAGGUGAGGAGGAAAGUGAAGAGCGAGGAGAGAUCCAAAGUGAGGCCUAGUGACUUGCGAAACUUUGUCACCAUGUUCGUGGUGUUCGUUUUAUUUGCGAUAUGCUGGGCUCCACUGAAUCUCAUUGGUCUCGUGGUGGCCACUGACCCUGAGGUUAUGGCUCCACGUGUUCCAGAGUGGCUAUUUGUGGUAAGCUACUUUAUGGCCUAUUUUAACAGUUGCCUCAACGCCAUAAUUUAUGGACUCCUUAAUAGGAACUUUCGUAAGGAGUACAUGCGGAUUGUAACCUCGGUGUGGAUUCCUCGAAGGUUUGUGACUGAGACAUCCAAGGCAGCCACGGAUGGCAUAAGGAGCAAACACUCACCUGCCAUCAACAACAACGAGUGACUCACCUUUUCAACAAAAUCACUGUUAACUGAUACAAAAGCAACCAGGCCUCAAAUAAUCACAUUACUAGAUGUACAUUUUUGCUAAAUUAUUUUUCAUGUGCCUCAUUGUACAUAUCAAGGUGAAAUGAACACUAGAGAUGCUACAACUGCAACUUUUAUUCCCUUUCACACAUA